AUGUCGCUAUUGUUCAAUACCUUGCCAGCCACGGCCCGGGUAUCUCCUUCGCCUUUCAAGGUCGCUGUCGACAAAAGUCGGCUCACCGAGCUCGAAACCCUGAUCAGGCUAUCGAAGUUGGCUCCUCCUACAUUCGAGAACUCUCAAGUAGAUUCUCCAUAUGGCGUUACCACUCAUUGGUUGGUAGCCAUGCGGGAUCAGUGGCUGCGGUCUUACAAAUGGAAAACCUCUGAAGAUCGAAUCAACAGUUUCCCUCAGUGGACAACUGAAAUUGAAGAUCUGACGAUUCACUUUGUUGGCCUAUUCUCACGGAAGAAGGACGCCAUUCCCAUUUUGUUGAUUCAUGGGUGGCCCGGAAGUUUUUUGGAGUUUCUUCCUAUCCUAGAUCUUUUUCGGCAAGAGUAUACGCCAGACACUCUGCCAUAUCAUCUGAUUGUCCCUUCAAUUCCCGGCUUUACAUUCUCGUCUGGCCCUCCACUUGAUAGGAACUUCGACACAUCGGAUAUUGCCCGCGCGUUUGAUCACUUGAUGAAGGAUCUGGGGUUCGAGAGUGGAUAUGUUGCCCAAGGUGGUGACAUUGGAAGUCGCAUCGCUAGAACCUUGGCCGUUGAUUAUGAAAGCUGCAAAGUCAACGUGACAUUCAUGGGUCGACCUGAAGGCAUGACGGACGAAAAGUUGAAUGCGUUCGAGAUACAGGGCCUCGAGAGAUUCCAAAAUUUUCGAACCAUGGGGUGUGGUUAUUCAGUGGAGCAUGCGACUCGACCAAGUACUAUUGGUCAUGUUCUCGCAAGUAACCCGAUAUCCUUGCUAGCAUGGGUUGGUGAGAAGUUCCUGGAAUGGGUGGACGACCCUCUGACCCCAGAACACAUUCUCGAAUCUAUCACGCUGUAUUGGCUGACUGACACAAUUGCUCGUUCCAUUUAUAAUUAUCGCCAGGUGCGUCAAUUACCCCCCUCCCCUGUCGCGGCUGCGAAUGAACCACGUUGGUAUAUCAAAGUACCAUUUGGUUAUUCUGCUUUCCCCAAGGAGCUUGCACCACUCCCUCGCUCAUGGGUAGAAACGACCGGUAAUCUAGUUUACUGGAGUCAGCACCAGAAGGGUGGUCAUUUCGCUGCGCUUGAGCAACCAGAAGCCCUCAAAUCUGACCUGGUGGAAUUUGUGCAACAAGUCUGGCCGGAUAAAAACAGCAGCAAAUGA